UAUUUUUUUGAAAGGAGAACGUUAUAUUUACAUACUCCAAUCCAGAAACGGUUACUGGUCCCUUUUUGUCCGAAACAUGAAACUGUAUGUGAAGAUGGUAACUUCAUUCAUAUUCUGAAACUGUCAGAAAAAAAAAGUAUACGUUUCUUUACGUAUUGAUGAACAUGAUUGCUGUCAAAUCAUCAAUCAAACGAGUGAUUAGUGAAUGAACUGCCGAAAAAUCCUCAUCGACUUUGUAUUAAGCAAAAAAUGGGCAACACUAUAGGAACCGACAUCGGUGGUUUUAUUGGCAACGUAUUCACAGCACCCUUCAAAGCCACACUUGGAAGAUCCUGUCUAAAUGUAUGCUCAGGGCCAUGGGAUCUUUCAUGUUUCAUAGAACAUUUCUGUCUUCCUGAUAUUGCCAAGCUCGUCCUGAUCUCAGGCCUCUGUGUCAUUAUUUUGAUGUUCAUCACCCUCUUGUUCAAGCUUGGAAUCUGCCAAUGUGUUGUUAAAAGCAUAUGCAAAAUGUCUUGCGCCGCUUGUGCAAUGUACUGGUUCGCUAUUGGAGAGAUGAUUCGUUGCUUGUGGCACAGUUUGACGAACACUAAACGUGUCUACCGCAGAAAACGUCUCCGUGACAUCGAAGCCGCGAGUUACAGUUAUCCAAGCGAUGACGAACCAAGUUCAGCAGACAGCACUAGGCCAAAGCAGAGAAGAAGGAGAAGAACAAGACGAAGAAGCAAACACAACCAUAACCGUGGCAGCAACCGUCGCCUUGUAAGGCUAAAGAGUAGACAAAUGUCUAUACGAGUGGGAGGCAAAUCAAGGAGAGUAAGAAGUGGUAGAAAAAUGAAAUCUAGUAGAGUGAGAGUUAAGAAGAAGAUCCUCAAAGUCAAUGAUUUGGUUUAAAACCGAACCAAAUCAAGAAAUCAAUUAGUUUAUGUAAUAUCAAGAUACUAUAGUCCUAAGAUAUCCACAUAUUCAGUAUCAUAUGUUUUUUUCUAACCUAA